AUGGGGCCGGGACAAUCCCGCAAGAUCGGAACAAUCGCGCAAGACCGAGACAAUCCCGCAAGACCGGGACAAUCCCGCAAGACCGAGACAAUCCCGCAAGACUGGGACAAUCCCGCAAGACCGAGACAAUCCCGCAG